GUCCCUAACACGAUAAUUUUUUAAGAAUAUUCUUACAAAUGAAAAAUCGCCUAAAAAUAUCACUUUUAAUUACAAAAUUAUCAAUUUCCAAACAUAUAUAUGUUAGGUAUGAUACGUAAUGUAAGCUUCAAUUUAAGGUAACAUUCAACCACAAACGCUUCGCAAAACGUUUUAAAACGCAAAACGUUUUAAAACGCAAAACGUUUUAGCGCGUCGAGGAGGAUGUAACCGGAACCACAACUCAUGUAUUUACGUCAUGCUGACACGCAGUGCUGGUAUCUUUACGUCAUGCGAUAUUGCAUCAGUGCGUUUCGCUGACUAAUCCUUGCAUCAUGCUGACUAAUAUAAUAGUGUAACCGUGUUAACAUAAUGUCCAUCAUUUCAUUCGCUUUUUAACCAAUGAAAACGAGGCCUGGGGAACGACGAAGCACCCGCCCUUCAACUAUAAAGCCAACGUAACAAAUACAGUUGAUAACUGAUGUGCAUUAACAGUGGUCAUCUAUCUUGUUAAGACUUAAGAUGUCGAAGAGUAGAGUAUUUGUGAUUGGGGCUAGUGGUAAUGUUGGCAAAGCUACAAUAAAUGCACUUGCAAGAAACUACGGAGAGAAGCUUGAUAUCAGAGCUGGCGUGCGAAACCCUGAGAAAGUUGCUGAAUUUACAUCCCUUCAGGGCGUCACAGUCGUGCGAGCGGAGAUGGGCAAACGAGAUGAGCUUAUUGAGAUCUUCAAAGAUGUCGACGUACUGUUUAUUGUCGUGCCAGGCGCUGGUGAUCGUGUAGAGUUAACCCGUGUGACAGCUGAGGCUGCAAAGGAGGCGGGGGUAAAACAUAUCCUUUGCUUGGGCUCUCCUACACCAAACAUUUCAAUUGGUAAACAGAUGUACGAUAUCGAGGAGAUCAUAACAAAUCUUGGUCUAAAUUACACAAUCCUUCGUCUACCCUGGUUCAUGGAUAAUUAUUUUGCCUUUAAAGAAACUAUACAGAAAUUAUCAGUGGUUUAUGAUUCUGUAGAUCCGACCAAACGUUUUUCCGCCAUCUGCAUGGAUGAUCUCGGCUUAGCAGCAGCAGUCGUUCUGUCUUCUCCUGAAAAACACGCAGGCAAGAAAUACCUCCUGGUGAGCGACAGACACUCGUUCAAAGAUUUAGUGAAAGCGUUCAGCGAAGCUCUGGACAAAGACGUGAAAUACAUACAACAAUCGUACGAAGAAGCAAAGGUAGUGUGGUUGCAGAAAGGUGUUCCUGAGCAGAUUGUCGAUGGUUUGAUUGAGUAUUGGAAAGAAGCCAAUGCGGGUAAAUACGAAGAAGGAAAUGAUAAUGAUUUCGCAGCUAUUACAGAAAAACAGCCAACAAGCGUAGCUGCAUGGGUCCAACGAUAUGCUAGUGUGUUCAAGUAAACAUUAUUGUUCGCAUGUUACUAACUAUUUAUAUUAAUAUUGGGCUUCUCAAGAAAGUCUAGAUAGGUUUGGUGUCAAGUGUUUAGACAUGCGUGCGUAGGUUGAAGAUUAAUUCAAUUAAUGUAAAUAAGGAAAUGCCCAAUGCUCUUUCUUCCUCUGGAUGUGUGGAAGCCCGGUGUGACGCGAAAUUCCUGACUUGCGAAAUAUCUGACUAUUGUAGAACUGCGCAUCCGCAGACGAUGCGCAUGAAUGACUUUGGCUCAUAAAUUUCGCAACUGAACAGACAACACGUGUAUUUAUAAAGCCAUUUUAUUUAUACAUAAAUUUUCCAACAUUAAUUCUACAAUUGAUCAGCUGAAUUGACACUAUACCACUGAUUGUGAACGUUAUAAUAAACCUUGAAUCGUAGAUAUGGAAAAAUCACUCGAAAAGCGAUCUUAGUGAUAUAAAAUAGACUCCAGUUUCAAAGGUUAUGCCGUAUAUGCAUUACUAUACUAUAAGCACUAAAAAUCGUUUCGCGUUUGACCUUCUCACUACUUCGUAAGCAGCAACGAUGAGUUCGAAGUUCAUGAGUUGGCCGUUUAGAUUUGGCGAUGUCUAUGCUAGAAACAUUUGGUAACAUCGCAUAUGGACUUAAAAAUCGUUUCGACCGACCGUAUUUAGCAAACGUCGUGUAUUUCGCGGUCACGACCACACAAUUCGCUUUGAAAUUUAAAGUGUUUGUGAUUGAAACUUAGCGAUGUCGAUUUGAAAUAUUUAACGAAGUAUUAGAAAUUAACAUCAUGAUUAUUUUAUCUAAACUCUAAAAAACAGUUUUGGCCGAGUUAGAAUUUAGCAAGCGUCAUGUAUUUCGCGCCUGUACGCGCGAAAUUUCUGACCCGUCACGCUAGGUCAGGUAUUUAGCAGAGGUCAGGAAUUUCGCUUGACAGGUCAUAACUCGCAAACCUGUACUCUAAAUUACAAUUUUGACCAAAUAGAAUUAUUGUCCUUUUCUCUGACUCUGUUAAUUGUGAGUAUGUUGUUCUGAGGGAUUCAGAUCAAUUGGAAAUAAGGCUAUUAAAUGAGGCUAGUAUUUUAUAUGUUUAUUAAAUAUAUUCCAUAUAUAUUCGAUUUCAUUGUUUUAAC